AUGAAUAAAAAAUGUGGUGAAAUGGUUAAUUUAAAUGGCAAACGUUUUGGCGAUAGCAAUUACCACUGUACUUGGUCGACUUGGAGCGAUUUCUUCAUUGUCAGCAGAACAAAUGUUCUGCUAGCAUACUACAUGGCGACAUUCGUCGAGGUGAUUUGUGAUGUCCUGUAUUGUAAAUAUGAAGUCUUGAAUGCAGUUUCUUGUUCUCUAAUUAUUAAAUAA